AUGCAGGUCAUUUCGUGGACCAAGAUUGGAGAUUUUUCCCCUCUCCACGUGUUUGGGGUUUUGGCAAUUUCUUAUUGUGCGUAUUAUAUUCUAUACGCUGUCUAUGCGACGACGGUGAGCCCACUCGCGAAAGUCCCAGGCCCCCUUUCCCGCAAGUUCUCUUACCUCCCUUGCGCCAUCACGAGUCUGCGAGGUAGAGAGUCUCAUGCCGUUCGCGACCUUCAUAGCAAGUAUGGACCGGUGGUCAGGGUCAGCCCCGAAAUGGUCUCCUUCGCCGCACCGACCUCCUGGAAAGAGAUAUACGGUUACCCGGGUGUGAAGAAGUUCAAAAAAUCCGGAUACAGACAGCUGCGUCCCGGGGUCCCGGACUUGCUCACGGCCAACGGCGUGGAUCACGCCCGGCAGAGGGCCGCGCUGAACCGCGCCUUUUCAGACAAGGCGUUGCGGGAGCAGGAGCAUUAUUUCCAGGACCACAUUGACCUCUUUCUCAAGAGGAUGGAGCAACGAUGCGAUGAAGGAAAUCCUAUCAACAUGGUCAAAUGGAUGGAAUUCCUUGCAUUUGACAUUAUCGGCACCCUGGCAUUUAGCAGUUCCUUCAACUGCCUGGAAGACCAAGGGUAUCAUCCCUGGGUGACGCUACUUAUGAACUUCUUCAAAUCGACGCACUACGUCCUCACAGCCAGGAUGUUUGGGAUCUUCUUCCCUCUUGUAUUCGUCUUCGGUCCGAUACGGCAUCUCAUGAAAGGCCAGGAACAUCUACGAAGGAGCUACGAAAAGGUCCAACAACGCCUCGCCAUGCCCGAGGACGAGAAGCGGGCCGAUUUCUGGACGUUCAUAUCCCGCCAGAACGAACACAAAGAGGGCUCUAUGUCCAUUCAGGAGAUGGAGGUUAACGCUGCUCUUAUUAUCCCAGCGGGCAGCGACACAAUCUCCACCACCAUCGCAGGCUGCAUCUACCUGCUGCUGAAGAAUCCUGAGACAGUGGCGAGCCUGCGCAAGGAACUCCAAGCGGAGUUCAACUCCGAGUCAGAAAUCACCAUGGCCCGUCUAGCCAAUCUACCCUAUAUCAGGGCUGUUGUGGAUGAAGCGCUGCGCAUGUAUCCUCCCCUCUCGGGGGACCUACGCCGCGAGGUUCCCCCCGAAGGUGCCGCGAUAUGCGGCCACUUUAUCCCCGGGGGAACGAUUAUCAGUGUCUACGCACUCGCAGCUAAUGAGAAUGCCCAUAAUUUUGCCCAGCCACACCGGUUCACUCCAGAGCGGUGGCUCAAGUCAGAGGAGCGGCCAGAAUGGACGAAGAAUGACCACCUCGAUGCCUGCCAGCCGUUCUCUGUCGGCCCUCGGAAUUGCAUCGGCAUGAGUCUGGCUUAUGCGGAGACAAAGCUCAUUUUGGCGCGGUUAUUGUGGAGGUUUGAUUUGGAGUUGAUGGAUGAUGCGUUUGAGAUUGAGAAACAAAAGGUUUAUAUCAUGUGGGAGAAGCCACCUCUAAUGGUUCGAUUGAGGCGGCGGCCGUCGUAG